GGCUCCUUCACAAUAAGAGCCCCCUCCCUCUGGGCCGCUUUCGCUGCCGCGGCUUCUCUGCCGAGGCGGCGCGCGCCGACUCUUAUUGUGAAGGCGUGAGACGGCGGGUACAAUGCUUAGUCACGGUGAGUUACAGCUUUCCCUCCUCCUUGCUAUGUGGCGCACAGCUCGACAGACUGCGAUGGAGGAUUUGACCUGGACUGCUUGUCAACUGAGCAAACCGUGACCUGGUUAGCAGAGGUGCAAACACAUUCCUCAGCGGCACAAACUCGAGGAAGGCGUUUCAACUGAAAGCCAGGCCUUCUUUCCAAGAAAUCAAAGUUACACUCUUGGCACUCAGCCUCAUUUUCCCUUCACAGUCAACAACCCUUCUACCGCCUCACCUACAAUAUCAGACUUGGACCCUCUGGGGGAAGCUCUGACUAGGACCGGUUUAAAAUUCAAGCUCAAGUUUGUGUUUUUUGCCCUGUACAGUACUCGGCAUGCAGGACGAAGCCACCACAAUGGUGCAUCUUGGGAGCAUUUACAAACAUCUUCAAAUAAGUUUUAUUUUGGAAAUAUCUUGUGAAUUACUUUAUUAAAGAUAUUUGAGGAUUUUCUAUACAUUUUAUAACAAAACAAGGAUGAGAUGAUUCGCUAGACAAUAAAGAGAUGUUGUAAUGGAUUGACAGGCACGUUCCCCUCAGCAUUUCCAAGAGUGAAAGGAGAAACAUUGGUGUUGUCAAACUACAAGAUUGAAUAAUUGACUGGAAUCGUGACGUUUUUGUUAAUGGAGAUCCAUCAUGUAACCUUGCACUUAGCCGUAAUUGGCAGCUUGCAUUUACAUCUGUAGGAAUGCCGCAAAGUUUUGAUCGAAACGCGAAAGUCCUCAUGUCCCCAUGCAUCAGAGUUGAACUCUGCUACACAUACUAAAGUCAGGCAUACCUAAGAGAGCCCAGAAGGUUCCGUGACGACAUCUGUCGAGUUUCGGUUCAGGUUUUUUGUGCUUUUUUGUUUAACCCAUGCUUGCAUGUGGUGCAGGAAUGCUCCAUAGUACGGUCCACUGUUAUUGAGAAAGAAGCUAAAGAGGAGGAGAAAGGGCAGGAAAUGACACAGUGUCUGACAGAAUACAAAGCGCUGGUGACUCCAUCCACGCAGAAUGGCCACCGCAUCUUCAGCUACACUCUAGAGAGCCACACAGCAGCCGCCUUCGCUAUAAUGAACGAGCUGCGUCAGGAGCGCCAGCUGUGCGACGUCACACUGCGCGUACGAUACAAAGACCUGGAGGCGGUGGACUUCGUGGCUCACAAGGUGGUGUUGGCAUCAUCGUCUCCAGUCUUCAGGGCCAUGUUCACCAAUGGCCUGAAGGAGUGUGGCAUGGAGUUGGUGCCUAUAGAGGGAAUCCACCCCAAGGUAAUGCAACGGCUCAUCGAGUUCGCUUACACUGCCAGCAUCUCUGUCGGAGAAAAGUGUGUGAUCCACGUGAUGAACGGCGCCGUCAUGUAUCAGAUAGACAGCGUGGUCAAGGCCUGCUGUGAUUUUCUGGUCCAGCAGCUCGACCCCAGCAACGCAAUAGGCAUCGCUAACUUCGCCGAGCAGAUUGGCUGCACGGAGCUCCACCAGAAGGCCCGAGAAUAUAUCUACAUGAACUUCAGCCAGGUAGCAACCCAGGAGGAAUUUUUCAACUUGUCUCAGUGCCAGCUGGCUAAUCUCAUCAGCCGCGAUGAGCUCAAUGUGCGCUGUGAAUCUGAAGUCUUCCACGCGUGUGUGGCCUGGGUGCGCUACGACCAUGAGAACCGGCGGCCGUAUGUCCAGGCUCUGCUCCAGGCGGUCCGCUGUCAUUCUCUAACCCCAAAUUUCCUGCAGGCCCAGCUCCAGUCUCUAGACUUGGACCCUCAGUGUAAAGACUACUUGUCCCAGAUCUUCCAGGACCUCACCCUCCACAAGCCCACCAAAGCCAUUCCUUGCCGAACUCCCAAGGUGCCGCAGCUCAUUUACACUGCGGGAGGUUAUUUCCGCCAGUCCCUUAGCUUCUUAGAGGCGUAUAAUCCCUGCACAGGAGCCUGGCUGAGGCUAGCUGACCUCCAGGUGCCUCGCAGUGGCCUGGCAGCCUGCGUGAUCAGCGGACUUUUCUACGCGGUUGGUGGAAGAAACAACGCGCCUGAUGGAAACAUGGACUCAAACGCUCUGGACUGCUACAAUCCGAUGAACAACUGCUGGCGGCCGUGUGCACCGAUGAGCGUACCUCGGAACAGAAUUGGAGUUGGUGUCAUCGAUGGCAUGAUAUAUGCUGUUGGUGGAUCACAUGGAUGCAUUCAUCAUAAUGGUGUAGAAAGGUAUGAUCCAGAACAAGACCGGUGGCAGCUGGUAGCCCCCAUGUUGACGCAGCGUAUUGGUGUGGGUGUAGCGGUCAUAAACAGACUGCUUUAUGCCGUUGGGGGAUUUGACGGGGCCAACCGACUCAGCUCCUGUGAGUGCUACAACCCAGAUGAAGAUGAAUGGAAGGCCAUGGCCCCUAUGAACACUGUCCGCUCAGGAGCAGGUGUCUGUGCAUUGGGGAAUCAAAUUUUUGUGAUGGGCGGCUAUGAUGGUACCAACCAGCUGAACACAGUAGAGCGCUACGAUGUGGAAACUGAUACGUGGAGCUUUGCUGCCUCUAUGAGGCACAGGCGCAGUGCUCUGGGAGUCACUGGCUUACUGGGGCGCAUCUAUGUAUUGGGAGGCUACGAUGGCAACACUUUCCAGGACAGUGUUGAGUGUUACAAUCCAGAGGAGGACACCUGGUCAGAUGUAACACACAUGACAUCAGGGCGGAGUGGAGUGGGUGUGGCUGUGACCAUGGAGCCCUGCCAGAAAGGCCUGCAACAAUGUCAAAAUUAUGAGAGCGAUUGCCAGUCGGCCACCUCAUUUUCAAGCUGUUAGCACAAUUGGCAACACAGAAGGGUUUUUGCUUUUUUUUUCAGAACUUUCAGAUGCUUUUAUCCCAAAUUAAAAAAGGAUCCUCACAAAUGAUUAUAAACAAAAGUGAGCUGAAUAUUAUGUGCAGUGUCACUGGUUCUAAUGACCAUACCUAAUGUUAACAGAAAAGUGCAGAGAGUUUCUUUUAAAGUGUAGUAUUCAUACUUUGGUAUAUGUUGAUAAGUAAUGUGUGUUGAGUGGAACCAUCGAACCACAGUCAAUCAGAUCCUUAAAUCCUUAAAUCCAGAUUUCACGACCACAAUUUUUUUUUUAAUUUGAGCUCAGAUGUUUGUUUCAUGCCUAAUUAAUAGACAGAUCACCUCCAAAGUUUGAACGCUGGGAGGAAAGGGCUGCAUAGUUUAAAAUGAGUCAUAAGGGGGGGGUGGGGUUCAAUUUGUUGGCGGAGAAAAAAAGAUUGAAUUGUUUUUAAUUAAGUAGCAUUUCUCAAAGUGCCAUUACAAUGCCUGGGGCAUUACUGUCAUCAGUAUAUUGUCUUAAGGUGCUUGAUAUGAGAAGGAAGGCACAGUUAGUCGCUGGGUGGUAUGUAGCAAUUGACCCAGAAAGCCACAACACGGAGCGUUUAAAGCACAAUGGGCCUCAUGCAAGAACAUUUUUAUUUGUUUUUCCAGUGAAGCACAUUUGACGUAACUCGGUUUCCAGCUCGCAUGCAUAGACUUGUUGUGAACUGCUGAUUUGAUCUGUUUAGUGCCCUUUCCUAUAUCAACACAAAUGCUGUUCAUGAGAUUUUAACAAAAUCAUUAACCAAAUAACUGAUUCAUUCACUUAGACUUUGACAUGAAAGUAAAGCCUCACACUGCGAGUGUAAUAGGUUAUUUGGCUGUGUCAGUUAAAGGUUCUUGCUUGAGGCCCAGUGUCUCAAAUUUAAGUAUUGAUACAAGCAGAACCUUUGGGUUCCAAUAGUAAAUGUGACUCUUCUAUAAUGGCCACUGAGGUAAAUAAAAUGUGAAUUUACUGGUGAAAGGCAUUUGCGAAAUAUAGUGUUUUGCCUUUUUAGAGACUUGACUAAUGUAAUUGGUGUGUGGAGUGCCAAGAGGAUGAAGAAACAGGCUUUGGUUGUGUGUAGAGGAAACGGUAGCAUUUUAAAAACAUGAAUUCGAGCAUCUCACUGAAUGUGUUUUAUAAAAACACUAAUUACUGACGCAGUUGAGAACCUUUCCUACAGUUGACUCUUCGGUUUGUACAUCCACCAGACCUCAGAAGUGACCAUGUUUGUGCAUUAGUGUUCAAAGAUAGCAGACUUGCUUCAAGAAGUGUAUUUGUAACAGCAAUUUAAGCUACAAAGGUUUUUAAGUGACAUUUUGUACACUGAUAUUCUAAGACGCCUUGUACAGAAUUUCAAAACUCACUUUUUUUAUUUAUUUGUUUAAAUUCUCUCAAUUUUUCUCGUUCCUCUGAACUGACAUCUGCUUUAUAUUGAAUUGGACUCUGCUAUUGUGAUUUUAAAUUACUAGCAUGUAUUGUAGUUUGGUAGGAAUGCCUGUUCAUGCUUAUUUGUAAGAAGUUGCUUUUUCUUGACAAGGAGCUUUUUUCUUGCCUGCCAGUAGUUGGAAUGAACAUUAGACUAUUUAAAGAUCUGCUUUGUACAUUUUUUUCCAGCAAAAAUGGUCCUGUACAAAAAUAAUUGUAAAGUAAAAUGUUUAUUGCCCUA